UGUAGUUGUGGCUGUUGUUGUUGUUUGAGGAGCUAACGUUUUUAUUAACCGGUGCUGCUCCUUCUCCUCCUUCCCCUUCUCCUUCCCCUUCUUCUUCCCCAGCCGGACCCGCUGACCUCCCGUAUAAAACGUGGCUGACCGCCCGGCGCAGAGAGCUUCUCUGCUUCUGAUCCCCUCCAAGCCCCAGCUAGCAUCUGCUAGCUAGCUCGUCCACAGGCGGAGCUAGCGGCGGAGCUAACGGCUAGCGGACAAGCAGUGAUGGAGUGGCGGGGCACCGGAGCCUCGGUUUACCCCGUGGAGGAGUCCGGCGGGGACCCAGCUUCAGCAGCCAGGGUCCACGGGGGUGUUUACCAUCACCAGCAGGCGCCAUCAUCGCAGCUUUGUGACUGUCCAAUGGCAUCUCUGUGCCAGAGCCAGCAGCGCUGUGUUAAGGCCUCAAUUGUCUCCAGCUGGAGACUGGCUGAGGCGCAGGAGCAGCUGUGUUCUCUAGGGGUCCACAGCUCCGAGUCCCUGGAGCAGGAGCGUGCUCGGACACUGGCCUGUCCCACAGAGCUCACACACACGGAGGAGGAGUGGCGACGCAAGGAGAGCAUGCUGGGAGGUCUGGAACCAAGCCGCAGUCCUGUGCUCGGAGCUGUCGCAAGUUGGGAUGUUUUUGAUAAGAGUAUAAUUAAUGCCCAAAUUCAGCCUGUUGAAAUGGACCAGGACAAAAGCAACACGUUUCUCCAAACGUAUGAGAAUGAGCUCCGGCAUUUUGGAAUGUUGAGGAGAUGGGACGACAGUCAGCGAUUCCUUGCACACAUGCCUCAGCUCAUCUGUGAGGAAACAGCCAACUACUUAAUACUGUGGUGCAUGAGACUACAGCAAGAAGGGAAGGAGGCGCUGAUGGAGCAGGUGGCGCACCAAGCUGUCGUCAUGCAGUUCAUCCUGGAGAUGGCCCUGAACUCUCAGCAGGAUCCCAGAGGCUGCUUCAGGCAGUUCUUCCACAAAGCCAAAGAAGGACAAGAGGUUUACUUAGAAGUCUUCCAUACAGAGCUCGAGGCCUUCAAACACAGAGUUAAAGAAUAUUCAGUGAAGUGUAGAGGUGAAACCCCGAACAACACUGAACUGCAGAGCAGUGGCACAAACUGCAGACAUGACCCCAAAGACUCCUUGGACUCUCCAGUGGCAGAGUACCCAAUGAAGCGCUUUUUAAAGGAAGGGCUGUGGACAAGCACAGGAAAGUGGACAAAGGAUGACGCCACAGAAACAGAGGACAUACGCAUGAUGGAGACCUCCUAGUGUUUGGCUCCAGCUUUUCUUCCAUCUCCAUCGUCUCCCUGUCCAGGAACAAGAGUUUAAAGCCCUCCUUCGACAGCAGAGCAGGCUCGUAAACAGCAAUACAGAGCAGGAGUUAACAGAGACAUGAUCAGUAUUUCAUUUUUCAAUGCAGAAAAUAAUGUUUUACUGAUGACAGGUUUCCUGUUAGCACAUCACAGGCGUCUGGCUAUUGGCUCUUGCAGUUUCCCUUGCCCGCUAAACGUAUGCGUUGCUCAAUAACACUGGUUUUACAACCCUCUCAUUAUCUAGCUGGUUAUUGGCUGGACUGGCCACGGUCCAAUGCAUCAUCUGUGAGUGAGGGAUAGAAAUAAGUUUGUGAUAAACUCACACCAUUGGUCGGUCGGAUGAGUUUUGGAAGUUUCCUCAUUGGCUGCAUCUGAGAAUUGUUUCCAUUAUGUAACACACUCUGCGCUAUCUUUGUCAUAACAGCAAGUAGUGACAAAUCUAGGCAACGGUCAACCCUGAGUUACUAGCCCCAGAAGAGAGCUGCCUGUGUUGACCUAUGGGUUUAUCUGCAUCUGCUCUGUUCAGUGAGUGGCAGAGAGGAGCAGCAGUUUUAAACCCAGGCCAGAGGGUGUGUGGUAUGUGAGAGAUAAAAGCUGAUUCUAAGCUGCACUGCAACCCUGUACAUUUCCCAGAGAAAAUGAAUGCAAAGGUCUGAAUCAGUCGAACCGGACGUUAAACCAAUUUUACACGAUAGUACAAAGUCUGCGUAAUGCGUGACUGAGCCGAUGAGCAAACAGAUAAAGAACUGAAAGUAGCUGACACUUGGCAGAAUGCAAAUAUUACACGAUGAGGUCAUGAUUAAUUGGUGUUCCACAACAGUUUUCAACUACGUCCACAUUAAUUUAGUUUUUCACUUCUCCUGAAACAGAAACAUCCUCGUACAAUUAAGUCAAGACAACACAAAGAAACUAAAACCAUGAAAUUCUUUCUCAGCAAAAUGUCCGAAGCAGAACUUAGGUUAGUGGAGAUGUUGUUACAGGUGCUUAAAAUGAAACUUGGAAAGUUGGAGAGACUCUUGACCGCCGGAUGAAUGGAUUUGCCAUCAGUUGCAAUCCAGAAAAUUUUAUUUCAAACUAGAUUUGAAGUGAAAUUAAAAAAAAGUAAAAUAAUCAAACAUUACACCAACUGGUUAAGACGUGGCCUCACAUCUUAAGGAUUUGUUUUACACAGGACUUUUAUUUUUUAUUUUUAAAGUGGCUCACUACAGCUGAACUUGCAGACCUCAUGUAAAUCUGCAGUUUGAAUGUAUUUAAUGUCUGAAUCUCUGACAUGAACAGGCAGUAAAGAUCCUCAAGUUGUGGUUACCUGGAUGUUCCCUCCCUAGCCUUCUUCAACUUAACAUACCAGAAAGAAGGUACAGUUAGUUAUAGAUCAACUCUUCUGUAGUGGGUCACACGAAGGCUUUGGCUCAUUCAGGAUCCCAACUGAUCUGCAUGUUAAGGAGUUGCACACAAUCUCAAAGGUCUCUCGGGCUCACAGUUGGAGGAGGAUCUAAAGUGCAGUAUGUGUGGGUGGCACAGGUCACUCUGGUAAAACAGAAGAUGAUAAUGUUUGGUGUAAAUGUUUCAGAGCAGCUACAUGGAAGUGUUUGUUUCUACAAAUCCAGUGUCUGCACUAACUGCUGUUCACCGGCCAGUUCAGCAGAAACACCGCAAAUUUAAACCUUCAAACUUACUGGUACGGUGGAACGCACCUAAAUGUUAGCUCCUGCUUUGCUUCUGUGUCUAUCACCACCUAGCUCCCACUGAAGCUAGCAUGCUAAACAGCUAGCUCAGGCCCAUCUGGUGUAUCUUCACAACUUUCCAACAGCGACUCCCUGUAGCGCCCAGUGUCCUGAAUGAGUAUUGCUAAAGCCCUUUACAAGCCCCCAUCACCCACUUCCUGCAGGAAAAUCACAUGUUGCACCUUAACUUUUACUUGGCUCUUGUCGUACGUUAUUUUGUCAACACCUGCUGCAGUUCCUUCUUUUUAGCCAGAAAAGUAACAAAGAGCAGCCCGACUUGUUGCUCAAAAUGAAGCAAGAGCACCAACGUUGAAUAAAAUAGAUUUCUUUAUCUUACAACACAGCUUUUUACAAAUUUUAAAGGGAGUUUGUUAGAAACGAUGUGGCCUUACAUGGUUUGCUCUGAACUCUUUGCUAAUUUGCAGUCUUAGUUUUCUGCAGAGUUUUAAUGUUAAAGGUUCUUCCUAGUGUUGUCUGGAGAGGCUUAAGAAAUUAUAAAGUGAAUCAGUAAUCCAACUUAAAGCUUGUUUACAUCUGCCAUUAAUGUGCAUCUGUGGCAUUCAGAUUUCAUUUAGAAAGUGUGUAGGAAACAUUUAAAUUGUGUAUUUUUCACUAUUAACACAAUUGUAUUCCUACUAUGAACCAGAAUAGAGCAUCACUUGCAAAUAAUUGGAGUUUCCAUUUAACAAACAACAGAAUGAAACAAUAUACAGUAAUUUCAAAGGGAUCGGUGUUGUGCAUUUGGCUGUUCUGGCUCUUAUUGUUAUGUUUCCAUUUAUUUUAGCUGCUGGUUAUAAGACAAAGUCAAACACUAUACUAAAGACAGCAUUGCACUCUUUUUGUUAGAAGUUUGAAAGUUUAUGUUUGAUACAACAUGAUAACCCAGCAUUUAUUACACGACAAGUUCAGAUUUUGAUGCACAUUAAUACAAAAUGUGACAGGAUAAUAAGAUUCACAUCUAGGUACUAUCUGUUUGCCAGAGGCAUGGUAAUGGAAGGUGUAAGGAGAGCCCUACAUUUGUCACAUAAUUUAUCAGAUUAAUAAUUCUCCUGUGGAACUUUCUUCCAUUCGGUUCAUUCUAUUUUUUCACAUUUCUGCUGAGGCACAGGUGAUAUAAUUUAACCUUGACUACACUAGAUAAAGUAGAAAACAUGCCAAAUUCUAUGUUUUAUUUUCUUAGGUCUGUGUGAGCUUUGUGUAUUUAUAUUUCUGUGGUUCAGUUAUGUUCUAGAGUAAAACUUACUUGUAUAUUCUGUACCAGCUUGCUGUCUUUUACCCAGCAUCCGAAACAGAGUCGCAACCACAGGUGUACCAAGUGCUCUGUGCAGACUGUUGUCAGUGUGUGUGGUUUGAGUUGGAAUAUGAAGGGGAGGAAUAAAAGGGCUGUGUUCUCCACCGAGAGACUUUUACUGUAUAUUUGUGUGCAGGAGGAAGCUCUCUGCAUCUGAAUGUCCUGCACUUUAAAAAUUAGCAGUUUUUACUUUUGUCUUUUAUUUUUGUUGUGCUCCCAAUCAUCUAGAAUUGAAUCAGAAACUCUGAACAUCUUUUAUUUUACAAGUAAAGCUUUGACCAGCUUGUGGUUUGAAUUGUGUUAUUUUUGUUGAGUUUUACCUUGUGUUUUUACUGUCUUCAUUUUGUUCAGGGGAGCUUUUGCCACAUUCAUUAGGCUUCCAAGGAAGUGUCCCUUCAACAGUCCUGCUCUUAAUUUGAUAAGACAAAUUGGCAAAUACAGUAGGAUUUUUACAAGACUGCGACAUUAGGAAUAACUUCCGAUGCAUUGAAGUACAAUUCAUCAUAAGCUUCUGUGUGAUGCAUCGCUGAUUCUGCAGUGAAACAUGUGAAAAGCACUAUAAAUACUGUCAACGCAAACAGGUAACGUGAGCAGUGAUGUUAAAACUAUGUGCUGUAGUGGACUUUGAUGUUUUUUGUUUCUUUCUAUAUGGUCCACAUUGACUUGUCAACUAUGCAAAACAACUGUUGGGCUUAAACUGCUGUACUUAACCUGUGGCCAGUGUCUCUGGAGUCCUUCUACAGUAUAUCCUGUGUUUUUGACGUUCUCAGCACAAAGUAUGAAUUUGGUAUCUGUAUCUCUGUCAGUCAGCGCUAAGCUUUUAGGAAAAAUCACUGACAGCAGGCGGCAGUGAGAUUUGGCUUCUUGUUCCACUGUAAGAAACUCAAAUAUAAAACCACCAGUGCUAAAUAUUCUUAUCUUGUUGUCAACUGCUACAGUUCUUUGUGGACCUGCUGCAAAAACGACUCAAUUGAGCUGGCAUUUAAAAUGUGAGGAAUUGAAACAGCUGUAUAACUUCAUGUCUCAACCGAUUGUCAAGUUGUAUCGUGGGUAAUGUAGGCUCCAGGUUUUGCUAAGAAAGAGAAAUGUGUGGAAUAAAUAAAUAAAUAUAUGGA